UAGAUGGGUCCGACCACCAUUAAUCAAAUAAGAACUGUCGUAUAAAUUUAGGGUUAUUUUAGAUGAUGACACCUAGCUAUAGCUACUGAAACAGAUUAUGUCGUUUUGCUAUGUUUUUGGGGAAGAACAUUGUUUGCAUCCAUGAGCUAGCUAACUUUUUUUAUGACCAGCACUGUAAGUGCGCGAGACAACUUUACCAGCAUCAUAGCAUAAGUAUAGAUGAAUCGUGACAUAUGAAAUACGAGUGAUAGUGUAAUCAAUGUGUAAUAACUACUUAAAUAUAUAUGAACGCGUUACAUUAUUAUGUGACGUGCGUUCAUAUUCAGGUCCUGAUUGGUCAACAAACUUAUUUGACAAGUCAAAUAGUGUUAAAUAGUAUAUUUUUUGACACGCAAAGACCCAAACGGCAUACCAUAGAAAUCGUGGUUGAGAAUGAAACUGAACAAAUGAACAUCGAAACAGCACAGCAAGCCAACAGGAACUUGAUCCAGACAGAGACUAGAGGGAAUCAAGCCAGAACUCCAGUGGUUCCAUCCAGAGUUAGACCCACUGCAAAGGAACCAAAUGUUAUGGCCAGAAACAGCAGUCGCAAGAGGACACAGGCAGAGCACAUAAAGGGCUCAGCAGAAAUGGACAUUUCACCAGUUAAGGCCUCUGAUCCCCGAGAAAAUGAGACCGACUUGAAGCAGGACAAAUUUGGGGGUCUUGGUGGAAUGUUUCAGAAAUUACAAAGAGAGCCAACCCCUACCUUUACAAGCUACAUGUCAGAUAACGAGAAGCCGGAAGAGCCCACCCCAGAAAAGGAGCAGUCCUCUGAGAACACCAAGAAGAGGCUGAGUCAGGCAAAACAAGACAAAGGAGGACUGAUGGGAGGAAUGUUCGGUAAAGCAACUAAAGACAAACUCUCUUCUCCUUUACUGACGGACAAUCUCUCAGUUCACAGUGAGCUUUUAGCCAGCAACAACAGUCUAUCUGACACCAACAACAUCAAAGAGAAGGGAGGCAUCUUCAGUGGAAUGUUCAAGAAGUCUUCCAAACCUGUGGAAGAACCACCUCAAGCAGAAGAGGCAAAAGGAGGACUUUUCAGUGGAAUCCUCAGAAAAUCCCCCAAAGCUCCUCGAGAGGGCACACUUGCAGAGGAAUUACACGGUGAAUAUUCAGACAGCAAUGACAGUCUUUCUAAAAACAACAGUAAAGAGAAAGGAGGCAUAUUCAGUGGAAUGUUCAUCAAAUCUCCAAAGCCUGCUGCUGAUGCUUCUCAACCUGAGAACAAGCGGUCAUUACAGGGUGAGCUCUCAGCCAGCAAUGACAGUCUGGCUGACAACAGCAACCCUAAGGAGACAGAAGGGAUGUUUAGUGGAAUCCUCAGGAGAAAAACGAAAGCUUCUGCAGAUGGAACACCUGCACAAGAAGACCUCUCUACACGUUACGAGCUCUCAGACAGCAAUGACAGUCUGUCUGAAAACAACAAAAGUAGGGAAAAAAAGGGUAUAUUCAGUGGAAUCCUCAAAAAGACCCCCAAAGCAUCUGGGGAUGAAACACCUGCACAGGACAAUCUUGCAACAUGCAGUGAGUUCUCAGUCAGCAACAAUAGCCUUUCUGAUACCAACAACACCAAGGAGAAAGGAAGUUUAUUAAGUGGAAUGUUGAGGAAAUCGCUUAUUCCUGCCGAUGAAGGCUCUCAACAAGAAGACGAGAGAAGUAAAUUCAGUGGAAUGUUCCAAAAAUCACCUAAACCUGCCGAUGAAGGCUGUCAACCAGAAGAGGACAAGCGGUCAUUACACAGUGAGCGCUCAGCCAGUAAUGACAGUCUCUCUGACAACAACAACACUAAGGGUAAAGGUAUAUUCAGUGGAAUGUUCAAAAAGGCCCCUAAAACAGCUGAAGCCUCGCAACCAGAAGAGGAUUCAGAUUUGGGAACGGACUGUAAUGACAACCUCUCAGAAAGCAAGGAAAAAACAGGGAUUUUGGGACUCACUGGAAUUUUCAAAAGGUCUCCAAGACCAUCGCCAAAGCCAUCCCCACGCUCCACUGUUGAUAAGGACCCUCUUACUGAGUACAAGGAACUCUCUGCCAGCAAUGACAGCCUCUCAGACUUCCCCACAAUUAAGGAAAAUCUCUCUGCACAAAGAGAACUCUCAGCCAGCAAUGAUAGUCUUUCCGACACUACAACCACCAGCAAAGAGAAAAAAGGAGGGUUUGCAGGAAUCUUCAGGAGAACUCCAAAACCUUUCGAGCAGCAGGACAGUACGGACACAGAGCCACCUGUAGGAGGUAGUCAGCUGAGGCGCCGGAGGACAAUCAAGAAGAAGAGACGGGUUGUGUCAUUCCAAGUGAAAAGAACUCUCCCGAGGAUUCCAAAACGUACUGCUGCUCGGGACUCUGAUAAGGAGCCUAUCAUUGAGGAGGCUGUGGAGCUGCAAGGGCUGGCCCCACUGCAGGAGAGCACAGUGGAGAUCCAGCCUGUGGAGAUGGCAGCAUACCCCACUGACGGAGUCAACCUUCUGGAGUCUGAAGAGGAGAGUGACGGCCUGUUGGACUGGUGGAGAUCAGUCGAAGGUUGGGAGCAAUGGAAUGAAACAUCCCAUUUCCAAGAGGAUGAAGCAGAUAUGGCGGUGGAGCAGGUGGCUGACCGUGUGUUCAUGGCGGCUCGGCUGUUUGUGCGUCUCUUCAACCAGCGGGGAGCAUCACUGCAGGGCCGUAUCCUGGAGCUGCUGGCCCAGGCCGACGCAGCCGACCAGUUCCACAAGAGGACGGUGACGGCCGCUGUGGGGGGAGGCGUGGCCAGCGUGUGUGGCAGUGUGGCCACCAUCACCGGCCUCGUCCUUGCCCCCUUCACCUUCGGAGCCUCCAUCAUCGUCACCGCUGUAGGCAUCUCCGUGGCGACCGCUGGAAGCAUUGCCUCGGCAACGGCCAACAUCACUGAUACAGUGCACUCCAACAUGGACUGCAAGAAAGUGGAGAAGAUGAUUCAGGGCUACCAGGAGGAGAUCAAGGAUAUCAGGGAGUGUAUGGAGUUUGUACAGGAAGGUAUGGAAGCUCUGCAGGAGGGGAACUUUGAAAAGUACACUGAGAGUGCAACCAAGAAGGCUCUGAACCACAACAUUAAGCAUGUGAUGAAGGAGGGGGGGCGGGCCGGAAAGAAACUGAUGAUCAACACAGACAAGCUCAUCAGCACCGUGCAGGUUCUAGGCGUGGCAGGGGGGGCCGCCAAAGCUGUUAAGGCCAUCAGCGUUACCACGGGCGUCAUGUCCGCUCUCUUUCUCGCACUUGACGUCUUCUUCCUCGCCAAGGAUUCCCAUGAGCUGCGCAAGGGCGCCAAGACAAAGUUUGCCUCCAAGAUCCGAGAGAUGUGCAAGGACCUGCAGGACGGGCUACUGGAGCUGAACAAGGUGAAAACCCAGCUGCAGAAAACCAUGGAUGGGAUCGAGCUGGAAGAGUACGAGGAGGAGGAGGAGGAAGUGGAGGUGGAAGUGGAUGAUGACCUGGAGUCAGACCCAGUUAAACUAGCUCAGCUGGAGCAAGAGCUGGACCAGUUAGAGGAGAAGUUGGACAAGAAGGUCGAGGAGGAACAGAAAUGGAAUAAAAGCAAGGAGGAGGCAGAUAAGAGUGAGGAAAGGGAAAUUAAGGAGGAGAAGAAUAGUAAAAAGAAGGAUAGUAAGAAAGAGGAGGGAAAGAAGGCGAGACCUAAAAGUAAAACAAUCGAGUUGGGGAAGUUGUGUGAGACUGAGAAAGUGGAGAUGGAGAAAGAGUGGACGAGUGAGAGGGGAGACACUAGUGGUAGAGGGAAAGGUGAUACUAGCAGCGUUCAGAAUAAAAAAGCGUCUGAGAACGGGAAAAAGAAAGAUAAAGGAAUGGAGAGUAGAAACACCAAUGAAAAAGGAAAUGUUGAGAGCAAAAAAGAGAAAGGAAAUGAUAGAAGCAGUACGAAUGAGGAGGGUGAAGUAAAGGCAAGAGAGACUGAAAAACAAAAAGGUAGAGGGAAUAAAAAUGAGCCAGCUGAUACAAAGAAAGGGAUUUCAAAUGAAAAUGUAGAGUCUGAAAGGGGGAAGAGUGAAAGAUUGAAGGAACAAAACGUAGCUGGAUUGGAGACUAAGAUGAGGGUGAGGGAAACUUCAGAAAGAGGAAACGCAAGCAAACAUAGCAGCAAGACUGACAAAGAGCAAAUCCAGAAGAGGAGUCAGAGGGAGAGAGGCAGUAGAGAUGAAAUAUCAGAGAUUGCUCCAGGGAGAAGACGCAGUAAAGAUCUGAAGUGUGGUAGCAUAACUGAAACAGGUGACAUGGAGAGAACGAGUAAGACUGAAAGGGGUGGGGUAGAGAGGGGGGUUAGGAACUUGAGAGCAGAGAUGGAUAGAGGAAGUAAAGAUAUGUACAGUGUUGACUUAAAGGGAGACUCAGAGAGGGGGAAGACACAAGAGGAAUCUGAGGUGAAAAGAACGAGUGGGGUUGAGAGAGGGACAGCUAAAGGGAACUCUAAGGAGGAAGGAGUGAUGGAGAGAAUGUCCAGGAGGGAAAACAAAGAAAGGGAGUUGGGGUGUAAGAGGGAAAGAGCUGAGGAAAAGCGUGGGAGUAAGAUUGAGAAAAUGCAAAGAAAAUUUGAAAGUGGUAGGGAGGGGGGCAUCAGAAAAGAAGAUGAGGAGGUUCAUCAGAGUGAAAGGGACAGGAAGGAGGGUGAUGUUGAAAGGAACAGGAGAGAUGGUGAUGCUGAGCAGAAGCCUCUACGCCAAGGCUCUCGUCCACGCUCCAAAGCCAUCUGCCAAUUUUACAUCUGAUGCAUUAUUAACUGACUACUUAAAGAAGUAUUCUAAAAGGGAUUAACCUAGUGUUUGGUUUUAUAUUAUUUACUUGGAGACAUAUUGAGACAAAGACAGUCAUUGUGUUUUUAAUAUUUGAAAAAGCAAUGGAACUCAAAUGUGCCUUUUUAUACACAUUUUUCAUGACAAAGGGAUUUUUUAAACAUUUUUUUUUUUUAAACAAGGUCACUGUAAAGAUUGUUGAAUGAAAAUGAAUUUCUCGUGGACAGGUAUACAUAAACAAUUGUCUGGAAGGAAUGGGAUGUAUGGAAUAACAAGCAGCAGAAGUUCCGGUGUUUGAGUUUUUUGUCACUGGUUAUUUGGACAAGUCACGAUUUCGCAGGUGUUAGCAUGUUUAGAAUUUCGAAAGGAGUGGACAUUCGGCCAUAACUUUCAAAGAGGGUGGAGCUCCUUGUUCCACUCCCCAUUCUAGCAUCUCUUCCAUCUCUUCACUUAACAUGUAUGGACCUAGAAUUUAAUCGAGCACCUGACCAAAUGCUGGGGACUUUAGUUCUCGGUUAACCAACAUUAUAUGAACAAAUCGCUGUCCAAAAGCUGGUAGCAAUUCAUACAGAUGUCAAUUAACUCCAUAGGAAGAGUCACACUGACUCAAAGCACUUUAUAGAGCAAUGGCUGCUGCUCAUUGGGCCGAUUCUGACACGAAUUAAGCGCACAUAAAUUGAACGUAAUUCCUUUUUUAUGCACUUUUCUCUCUAUGCGUAUUCUGACCUUAACUUAAGCAAGAGAAAAGCAUGCUAUUCACCCGCUAUUUGUUCGGGGUGGAGAUCUAAUAAAAUGGAGGUGUGUAUAGAUCCUCCAUAUUCUGACCUUGCCUUAAUUCCACCACCUUUAUGCAAAGGAAAUCAUGCAUAAGGUUGGAACGACCCUGCCGGUUUCAAGUGAAAAAGCAUCUACUUUAUUUUUUUUAAAUAUAUAAAUGACAGCAUUCUCCAUGCACUGUAAUACAUACAUUGAUAAGAGCUAUGUAAGUGAGUAAUCCGUUUGGAGAAAGGGAUUGCAAAUACACAUAGCAAUUGUUUUAGAUCAUCCAUCGGUAUGAUCCCUGGAGAAGAACGUGAAACCAGUCAUAUGGAAGAAAACUGAAAAUCAUAUCAACAUGACAUGUAUUGCGGCACCUUUUCCAACGUGAAUUAGGCUAUAAAUAGCUGUACCGUUACUCUGAAUUUUUAUUGUGCGCCCUUAUAAUUUGCGUAGAUGAAAUUUGGAGAUCCAAGCUAAAGGCUUCUGUAGAGCUGAACCUGACGAUUUGAUGCAUGCGCUUUCGAAUGUUUUAAUUGUCUGCCCGGGUUUUUCUACGUUUUAUUUUACAAUUUGUAUCAUGUUAAAUAUGAUCCACUAUUGGGAGCCACCAUCAGUAAUACCCACAUACAUUUAUAACUGUCACUUUAAUGUUCGUUUUCUUAUAUUUGUAGUUUACAUUUUGUAUCAUUCCAUUCCGUUUACGUGUCUUUCCCCGGUCACGUCUGUGGAGUUGUUCCUGAGGGUCGCUAAGCAUUAGUGGUUCAUAUUAGGCUAAUGUGCACUAAUUUGGGACAUGUAGCCUAUUUGAAUCCUUAUGGAACACAGACCACACGUAGCAGGUUAAACCUGGAGCCUGGCACACGGUUCACGACGACUGGACCAGUCAUACAGUUCCAUGAUUAGUGAGGAAUAGGAUAGAUAUAAUUAUUGUUCAUUCCUUAUUAUGCACUUAUCCCCACCUUCCAAUAUUUCAUGGAUUGAAUAUGACAACUUUCAGGGUGUAUUUUUUAUUCAUAAAUUCUGUGCGUAAAUGUUCUCCAAACUUGUUUUUUUAAUGAUUCAUACAUACUUUCUUAACCCUAAAAUGUGUCUAAAUAAUCGGAGUAUUUUUAAAUCUACCAGUUGGUGCUGAAACGGAGACGAAUAUGCAUAUACUGUAUUUAGAUGGCUUUCUUUUAUUGAUCUCUACAUUCUGAACCCAUUCUCAAUGUAUUCUGGUCAGUCUGUUGAUAGGAUUUAAAUUUAAAAAGGUACACAAUAUUUAAAGGGAUGGUUUAAAAUGAACGUAGCCUACUGAAAAUCCUGUUGAACGAAAACUCCACGAGAAAAUCUGUUGACCAAGAAGUGAGAGGGAUUUCAGCAGUUGAAUUAACCUUUUCAAGGGUGAGUUCCAUAUAUCUUUAACGAUCCCCAGAGUGAGUUUUUUUUAUGCACGUGAUGUCAGAAUGCACUCAGUAGCUUGGUUUCCAACCAAUUGGCAACAGAUUUUCAUUCAAAAAUAAGUAUAAAGAAAAUAUGCGCAUUUACCCACCAGUGGUGUUUCUACCAAAAUGGAUUUGUGGAUAUAAAUCAGUGCGUGAUGACGUAGUGCAGACGAAAUGUACUUUUUUUGCUUAAGUUUUCAUGUACUGAAUAAAAAUCUACAGUUCAAUGUGUUUCCAUUGCAUGUUCAACUGUUGUGUUAAAUAGCAAAUGUACAGCUGGCAGAUACAGUGCGGUUAUACAUGCCUAUAUAUCGAUUGUAACAUGUAAUAUUCAACUAAAAAUUGAUAAGGUAAUGCUGCAA